AUGCCUCAUUCUCAUAUUUUGCCAUUUCCUCUUCUUCCCCAGAACGCCGUCACGCACAACUCCCCCUCACCGAAGUCGAAGGUGAUACUCGAGUGGGAAGCUCCCUCUGACUUCGAGGGCGAUGUCGUCUUCACGGGAUCCUUUGUGAAGUCGUACAACACCUUCUGGACUGGGGUUACAUCAGAGAAAGUGACCAUCACCAAGCGCUCGGUUCCUCAGGAUUCUGGCACACCCACAACAGCAAACACAUCCCCUUCCACAACUACCACUACCACUACAACCACAACCACAACCACUACCUCAAGCCCAGCUCCUGUAAGCCCAGAUGUAGAUACAAAUCCUGCAGAGAAUGCCGGUGAUGUUGUCAUCAGUGUGGUUGAUGCACCUAGUGUGGCUGUAGUUGAGAAUGACCUCAGUGAGGCUGAUGAUAGUUCUCUUCCUCCUGCCCCUCCCACAUCUAGCUCCUUACCUACAACUUCCCCAUCCACAACUACCAUUAGUCCCAGUAGUUCCGAUAGUGAGAAUGAUAGUAGUCCUAGUACAGAAAGAACCAGAGAAACCCAGGCCCCAAGAGGGACGACAACGACAUCAACUCGCAGAUUUGGUUUGUUUAACCGCUUCAAGACCACCACGACCACCACAGCAAAGCCGACCACCGUCAGGGCCACCACCACACGUCGUCCCAGGCAGCCAGUUGAAGGCCAAUCCAUUAUAUCCCAGAGUUUGCAGCGUUCUAUGGAGGACAUCUACCUCGGUUGUGGCCAGAUAAAGGGCUGUUUUGGGCUCCCGUCUGGCUGUGAAAAUGACCGGAACUGUAAAAUUCUGAUGACUUACACAAGAGUUGCCACGGGAUAUCAGUUUGAGAUCUUGGGAGAGGCCGACACAUCUAAUUAUGUUGCUGCUGCUCUUUCAGAUGAUGAAAAGAUGGGCUCAGACAGUGUGAUGGCCUGUACAAGUCUCAACGGUGAAGUAGAUGUCGUGAUGGCUUUUAAUAAUGGAAAGAAUAAUGAACUACUGACUAAUAGUAAAUAUGGACUUAGUGAUGUCAAGACAUUAUAUUCUAAUGGAGAGCUGUAUUGUUCAUUCAUUCGGCAAACGGUCACAGAAAUUAAAGGAAUAACUUUUAAUCUGUCUUCUGACCGUUACCACUUGAUGCUGGCGAAAGGCCCUGCUUAUGAAAAUGGAUUACGUUACCACGAGAAACGCCUGGCCUCCUCUGGCACUUCUUCCAUGAGUGAAUUUGAGUACCUGGAAGCCGCGAGUGAAUUGUUCAAAACUCUGCAUGCCUGUUUCAUGAUUGGUGCAUGGAUAUGUGCAGCUUCAUGUGGCAUCAUCCUGGCCCGCUAUUACAAGCAGACAUGGUUGAAGAGCCGCUGCUGUGGCAUUGAUCAGUGGUUCCAUUUCCACAGAUUUUUCAUGGGACUGACAUGGGGUCUCACAAUUGCUGGAGUCGUACUUAUUGCCUAUUAUCUUAAGGGAUGGACAGAGCUUGAUCCCAAAGUAAACCCACAUGCUAUUCUUGGUGUUGUCUCAACUGGUUUGUGUUUCAUUCAGCCAUUUAUGGCCCUAUGUCGCUGCGCCCCAACUCACCGAAGGCGUCCCGUUUUCAAUUGGCUCCACUGGUUUGUUGGCAACAGUGCGCAGAUCAUUGGCAUUACUGCAAUCUUCUUUGGGCUUGAGUUGGUCAAUGCUCCUUCUUGGACCAUGUUCAUUCUGAUCAUCUUCAUUGCUUUCCACUGCGUGAUGCAUCUUAUUUUGUCAAUUGGACAGUGUGUUAGCGACUCGAAGCAAGAACGUAGGAACAACGUAUUCCCAAUGAAGGAAAUGAACGGCAGCCGAAACCCACUACACCCUGUGGAGAAAAGGACAGAUGCUCCCGGUGCUACAUUCCGCAAAGCAAUGCUGGCUCUAUACUUCAUCGUAAAUUGGCUGAUCACCGCACUUCUCAUUCUCAUUGUUGUCGUGGGCGAAGACCAGUUGAAAAAGUGGAAUUGGAUUUUCUGGGAGGAUUAACAGCAUCUGUCCGGUUUGCGAAUGAAAUCAGUGUCUGGAUCUUCAGUGUAGUAAAAUUGGUAUUCAUCUUUUCCUGAAUGGUUAACAGACGAGGCUGUAUCAUGGGCUUGGAGUUAGUUUUAUUUCAAGAGGUUGUAACGACUUUUUCUUUUCUUCAUUUUUUUUUUAGACUGGAAUGAAGUUUCCAUUUUUGUAUAUCAGAUUUUAGCAGUCUAGAAGUGAUUAUUUGUAAUAAAAAUGAUGCAAGAGUCAAUAUUUUACUACAGGUAACAAUUUUGUUAUUGUAAAUACAGUCAGCAAGUAACUGUUGAAAAUGCUUUAGUAGUUAUAGGUACUAGGAUAUCUAGAUGAUGUCACUGUAAGAUAUAUCACACACACACACACACACACACACACACACACACACACACACACACACACACACACACACACACUCUCUCUCUCUCUCUCUCUCUCUCUCUCUCUCUCUCUCUCUCUCUCUCUCUCUCUCUCUCUCUCUCUCUCUCUCUCUCUCUCUCUCUUUCUCUCUUUCUCUCUCAGUAUCAUUCACUCUCAGUCACACAUGCGCACACACUUAUGCACUAAGACUCCCAUACUCACAUUCACAAUCUCCCUCAUCCCCCUCCCCCCCCUGUCUGUUCCCCUCCCCGUCCCUGCUCCCUGCUCCCACUCCCUUGCUCACAGAUUAAAUUAUUGUUCGUAUCUCAUCCACUCCUUUGAAGAAGCGAUUGUCCACAUUUUGAAAUAAGGUACUAAAACUAGUGCAAUACAGCCCAGAUUUUUAUACAGCAGUUUCUGAAACCUUGUCAGUUUUUUUUUAGAUAAUAGAUGAAAUCUUUAUUAAAAAAAAAAAAUUCUGUGCAUAGAUGUAAGUACAGUUUUUAUGGAAAAGAAUAAAUUAUCAUUAGUAACAUGAAGGUUACUAAUUAUAUAUCUGGAUAAGCUGUUUAGGUAUUGCAAAAUAGGCAUUAUGCUUUGCACACAAUUCUUUUUGAAGAAUUUUUUUUUUUUUUUAUGCAUACACUUUUAUAGUUGUACUUUUUGCUAAUGCAGUCAAAGAUGUGACUGCUUUUGAGGAAUAAAAAUUCUUUUUGAGACAAUCUUCACUCAGAUGUCAUGAAACUGUGAUGAGAUCAAAAAAUGAUUAUUUGUUUCUUCUGUGGAAUUUUGCUGCAUUCAGUCAGGUCUCAUGAAAUCAAAUAUUUCACAUUUUUGAAUAUGGAGGGUAAUACUCAAUUGAGAUAAAUGUUUUAUACUUUAUUUCUCAAAAUAUUUCAGUUGCAUUAUUUAUUAUGUUUUGCAAAUGGUUGUCUUACAUUUGCUCAGGUAUGACUGUAGAUUGUAAAUGUUGUAAAAGAAAUAAUUACUUUAACAAACUACUAUGUUAAAUUGUGUAAAUGGCUAGAAAAAAAUCCAGGAAUUAAGAUAUUCUGUCAAGCAAUCCAGAAAUACAGAGAAAAUUAUUUAAUGUAAAUAGCAGAAUCACAACACUUUAAGAUUAUAAUGCUAAUUGUAUUAGUAUCACAAUAUUCAAUAACUGUCCUGUGUGUGAAUUAUAUGUAAUGUACACAACAAAAAAUUCCAGUAAUGCAAAUUUCCCUAUACACCAUCUGGAGAGAUGUUUUUAUUCUGUAAGAGUUUAAGAUGGUAUGGAAAUUUAUUUUGCUGAGAAUUUACAAUAAAAGUUUGUCCUUCAA